CUGCAUCAUGGGCAGUUCUGUCGGCGUUUCGGAGGUACACGCAGUUCCCAUCUUCAGUACAGAAUUGAGCAGGAUGGGUGAGAUUCAAAGGAGAAGCGUCUGUGCUCGUGCCCUGUUCGGGGCCAACAGGGACAAUGAACAAAUCUGUAUGAUCUUGGGUCUCAUUGAGAGCAGUCCUAAGAAAGAUGAUGACCCAAUGCUGCAAGUGGUACUUCAAGGCUUCUUAGCCCUGACAGGUUGUCAGGCAUAUCCAGGUCUGGGUCAUCAGCUGGGACAUUCCUGGGAGAGGUGGCUGGUGCAUAAAAAUUCAAGUGGAAUGUCCAAAAAUUAGUCUGUACCUUGCUGGUCACAAUAAA